GCCGAGGAAGCCUAUUUUAGUUCCUUCGCUGUCCACUUUCAGCGAUGGUAUUCUUUCAGUCCCUGAAUUUCCCCAUCUGGUAAACUACACGAUUUCGAUUUUCAACCAUGUCCUCUAGCCAACAAACCAAUUCCGUGGCUAUGGACUACUCUCCUUCCGUGCCUGAUCAUAAACCGUUGAGGGUAAUUGUGAUCGGUGCCGGUAUUGCUGGGCUCACUGCUGCGGCUGCUCUGAGACGGGCUGGCCAUGUUGUGGAUAUCUUCGAACAAUCCAACUUUUCGAAUGAAUUGGGUGCUGCUAUCCACGUUGGGCCAAACGCAACCCGCGCUCUCAGUUCUCUCGGGUAUGACCCAGCCCGGCUGCGCGGUGUUCAAUGCUCAGGGAUGGCUCUUUAUAACUCCAACGGCGAUCUUAUUGUGGAUAAUCAUUAUUAUGACAUGAAGGACCGAUAUGGUUCACCCUGGUAUCUGGCCCACAGAGUAGACCUUCACAACGAAAUCCGCUCCCUAGCAUUUGGAGGUGAAUAUAAUGGCCUCAAGCCCAAAUUGCAUCUGGCUAGCAAGGUGGUGAAGAUCGAAGCCGAAGAAGGAAUAGUCCACCUAGCAGACGGCACACGAUAUGAGGCCGAUUUGAUUGUGGGCGCAGAUGGUAUACACUCCGCUACAAGAAACUGUCUAUUUGGCGGCUCUGAGCUGUACCAUACUGGAUCGGCUUGUUAUCGAUUCCUCCUGGAUGCCGAAGGCGUUUACAAUAACCCAGACUGCCCGCAAAUACAAAGAGAUGAUCGAUGCAGAAUUUUCUUAUCUAAGGAUAAGCGCAUUGUCAUCUACCCCUGCAGAAAUGGUGAAAUCCUGAAUUUCGUUUGCAUGUAUCCUGAUUCGUACCAAAAUAUCUCUGAUGAAUGGUCAUCUACUUCUUCCACGGAAGAACUACUCGAGACCUUUUCGGAUUUUGGAAGCUCAAUCUUCAGCUGUUUGAACAAAGCCAACAAUGUGAAACGCUGGCAGUUGUUACAACGCAAACCAAUCGAUAGUUGGAUUCGUGGCAAAGUUUGCCUUAUCGGAGACGCAGCACACCCCAUGCUCCCACAUCAAGGGCAAGGCGGCGGCCAAGCGAUUGAAGAUGGCGUUUCGCUUGGUGUAUUGUUUCCCAAAGGCACCACCCCUGACCAAGUUUUCCUGGCUCUCCGACUAUUUCAACAAGUGCGUUACUCGAGAGCGUCAAGGAUAGAGGAGCUAUCUAGAACUGAAGGCGUGGGAAAGGGGCAGUUGAAACCGAAGCAAAUCCAUGACUAUGUGUAUGGGCAUAAUGUAGUCGAGUAUGCUAAACAUACCCGGUCUUCAGAGCUCUUUGUAUGAAAGAGAAAAGUAGGCCGAGGCUUUGCUAACUCGUUCAAAAUGGCCAAGUGAAUAGAAAGACUUGGUUUACCUUGUAUUUCUAGCAACGCUAAUCCUAUGCACUUUCUGUUCUGUUUCUCUUCUUUCCCUUUGAC